AUGCAUCUCGCGGUCUGUGUACUGAUUACGCUUUUUGAAGUAAUAAUCCGAGAGGUCCACUCAGACAUAUGUUGUUGUACGCCGUUUUGUAGAGGAGCGACUACAUCACUUUCGUUGGUACCGUGUAUUGCUCCAUCACCGCUGUCUUGUUUACCUCCACCAGCACCAUUACCUUGUCCACCUCCUCCACCGCCAUGUCCACCACCUUUACCUUGCCCACCUCCUCCACUACCAAGACCAUGUCCAUUGCCAUUACCUUGCCCACCUCCUCCACCGCCAAGACCGUGUCCAUUGCCAUUACCUUGCCCACCUCCUCCACCACCAUGCCCACCGCCUUUACCUUGCCCACCUCCUCCACCACCAAGACCGUGUCCACUGCCUUUACCCUGCCCACCUCCUCCACCACCAAGACCGUGUCCCCCGCCUUUACCUUGUCCACCACCAAGACCGUGUCCAUUGCCUUUACCUUGCCCACCACCAAGACCGUGUCCACCGCCUUUACCCUGCCCACCUCCUCCACCACCAAUACCGUGUCCAUUGCCUUUACCUUGCCCACCACCAAGAUCGUGUCCACUACCAUUACCCUGCCCACCUCCUCCACCACCACCUCCACCACCACCACCAUGUCCACCACCCUCACCUUGCUUAUCUUUUCUACCACCAUGUUCACCACCGUCACUACCCUGUCCACUUCCUUUACUGCCAUCGGGACCAUGUCCCUCAUUAUUAUUUUGUCUUUCUCAGCUACUAUCGUCAUCUUGCCCAUCUUGUAUACCACCAGAAUUAUGUUCAAAUUCGUCACUGCUAUUAUCCUGUUCAUUUCUAACAGCACAAUCGCCUUGUUUACCUCAACCGUCAUCAACAUCAGCUCCAUCAAUACUUCCUUGUCCUCCUGCGUCACCAGCAACCUCUUGUCCACCAGCGCUGCCUUCGUCAUUUUCUGAACCUUCUUCAUCUUAUUCAUCUGUACGAACUUCUUCAUCUUUAUCGCAACAAGAUUACUUAUCAAAUUACCAGGUACCAUCAUAUUAUACAUCACCAGCUGGUUCUAAAAAAGUAAAAAUUGUAGAUGGGAAGUACGACACAAACAAAAAUUCAGAACCGAAACAAAGAGUGAAGGUAUGGAAAUUUCAUGAAGAAGAAAAUUAA